UUCCCAGCUCAGACGGCAGCCUCAGCCCCGCUCUCGAUCAGGGAGCUGGUGUGUGGGAAGGCCGUCGGCCAGCUGGAUAGCUGCUGCCUCCCGGUCCCAGAGACCAGUGGGGGCCCCACAGCCAAGCUUCCCCGCUUUAGGACACUGCCUUCCCAAAGCUGAUAGAUCUGGGAAGAAGCAGGGGGCUCCUGGGCAGGGGGCUGCACAGUGUCCAGGCCCUGGAGGGUAGAGAAUCAGUGAGGGAGCUCUCUCCCAGGGUGAGGACUCCAGGGUCCUUGUUUGGAGCAUCCUUCCUCUGGCUUGGCUCAGGGCAGCCCCUUGGGCAGGCAGGGACCCCCCCCCCAACUCUGUUACCUUUCCCUUUGUUUCUUCCUGUUUACUCUCUUGGGGCUGAUUCCUCCUGUUUCCUUCCUGCUAAGUCCUUAGCCAAGGCAACCGGAGGGGAGGUUGGACUUUGCAGGCAAGAAGUGCAGACAGGGAAGUUGAGGGAGCCCCGGCAGGUGCACCCAUGGGGAUGGAGGCCUGGGCCCCUGAGCGGCCCACCUUUAGCGUCUGGGACUACGGCGUCUUUGGUCUCAUGCUGCUGAUCUCCACCGCCAUCGGCCUCUUCUUCGGGCUGGCCCGGGGUGGGCAGAAGACUGCGGAGGUUUUCACUGGCGGGCGGCAGAUGGCAGCUGUGCUGGGUCUCUCGCUGGCGGCCAGCUUCAUGUCAGCCAUCCAGUGCUGGGAGUACCUGGCCGAGGCUUACCGUAAUGGGCUCAAGUUCCUCUGGAUGUGCCUGGGGCAGCUGCUCAACACCCUUCUCACUGCCUACCACUUCCUCCCCGUCUUCUACCGCCUGGGCCUCACCAGCACGUACCAGUAUCUGGAGCUGAGAUUUAGUCGUUCAGUUCGUCUGUGUGGCACCAUUCAGUAUGUCAUCGCCACGAUGCUAUACACAGGAAUUGUCAUCUAUGCUCUGCCUUGUAUUCUCAACCAAGUAACAGGGCUGGAUAUCUGGGCGUCUCUCCUUUCCACGGCGCAAUCAGUCCUUUACACCACUGUGGGAGGCAUGAAGGCUGUCAUCUGGACAGAUGUCUUCCAAGUGUUUGUGAUGCUCUCUGGGUUCAUCGCCAUCUUGAUCCAGGGCACCCUUCUGGUCGGCGGCGUCCACCGGGUGCUGGACAUUGCCCACAAUCAUUCCCGGAUCAACCUGGAUGACUUUGACCUGGACCCAAGGAAACGCUAUACCUUCUGGACGUUUGUGAUGGGGGGCACCCUGGUGUGGCUGUCCAUGUACGGGGUGAACCAGGCCCAGGUCCAGCGUUACGUGGCCUGCAAGAGUGAGCGAGAGGCCAGACUGGCACUGCUGAUCAACCAGACGGGGCUCUUCCUCAUUGUGGGCAGCGCAGUAGCCUGUGGUAUCAUCAUGUUUGCCCUGUAUGUAGAGUGUGACCCACUGCAGGCUGGACACAUCUCUGCUCCUGAUCAGUAUGUGCCCUACCUGGUGCUGGACAUCUUCCAGGACUACCCUGGUGUUCCGGGACUCUUCCUUGCCUGUGCCUAUAGCGGCACCUUAAGCACGGCAUCCACCAGCAUCAAUGCCAUGGCCGCUGUCACCGUGGAAGAUUUGAUCAAGCCCCGGCUGCCCACCCUCAGCCCUCGAAAAUUGACUCUCAUCUCCAAGGGGCUGUCCCUCAUCUACGGUUCAGCCUGUCUGACAGUGGCUGCCCUGUCCUCCCUGCUCGGAGGUGGUGUCCUUCAGGGCUCUUUCACUGUGAUGGGGGUGAUCAGUGGCCCAUUGCUUGGAGCCUUCAUCCUGGGCAUGUUCAUUCCAGCCUGCAACACUGCGGGUGUCUUCUCAGGCCUGGGUGCAGGCUUACUACUCUCCUUCUGGGUGGCUGUCGGGGCGACUCUGUACCCACCGAGCCCACAGACCAUGGGUGUGUUGCCUACCUUCACAGAUCACUGUGCCCUCUACAAUGCUAGUGAGGGCCUAAAUGUCACUGUGAUCAUGGGGACACUUCCACCAAGGACUGUUUCUGUCCCAGGAGACCGGCCUGCUAUUGCUGAUGACUUCUAUGCCAUCUCUUACCUGUACUACGGGGCCCUGGGCACACUGACUACCGUGGUAGCUGGAGUCCUUGUCAGCUACCUGACAGGCCCCACCAAACGUAGUGACCUGGGCCCUGGACUUCUGUGGUGGGACAUCAUGAAACAGAUGUCAUCCGUGGCCCCCAUGGCUAAGUCGAUGCCCCUGGAGGAUGGCUUGUCUAAUUCAAGGAUUCCAGCGAGUGUCUACAUGAGGUCAAGAAGCUCCCAGGACCCUCAUCUUUCUGGCCCCAGGAUCAGCUACUACAGAAGGAGGCAGAGGAAAGCAACUUGCUCAAAGAAACUGACAUCGAAAUUGGCUCCUAUAGGACUGAGAGAGCCUGAGAAACCCAUACUGAGGGGGCUGGACCAGAACUUUGGCCUGACCAGUUCUAGACCUGGGAACCUGCUCUCGAUUGGUCAGGGAUUGUUUUAUGCUCAUGAGGCCCGAGGACCCCUGGAUCUUCUAGAUUUAAGGAUGCCGGACGAAGGGCUGGGCCCAGCCCCUCCCAGACUCCCAGACCUUGCCUUGAUCUGAUUGUUCCUGCAUGGGGAAAGCAGUGGGUUUGGGUCAAGCUCGAUUUCCCUUGUUUGAUCUUUGGGGAAGUCAGCAUUUGUGUGUGUAUUAUAUGCGGGAGGACAGUGUCUUCCUGUCCCCUGAGGACUCCACUUAUCUGCCCGGCAGAUGCAUGUUGGAAUCCUCUCCCCUUCUCAGCUUCACCUUGGAUUCCCAGACCUGUCUUCUAGGCUCACAGUUUCCUACAAGACACCUUUCCUGCUUCUUCUGUAGCCCCCCACAACCCCCUCUCUCCUGCACCUUCUCCCAACCCCAGAAUCAUUUUGUAUUUAAUAUUUUGUAUUUGCUUAUCUGUGCAGAAGUUGUUUUUUUCCUGAUAGUAAGUUCUCUAAGGGCAGGGACUGUUUUGUUUUUAUCUGUGAAUCUCUGGGGCCUACUAUGUGUGGCUUGUAGCAGGUGAUUAAUAAAUGCUUAUUGAAUUGAA